AUGCAUGCCAGCACUGCAGGCGGCACGGCGCACCGCCAGGUGAUCGGCAACUACGAGCUCGGCCGCGUCCUCGCCACGGGUGACUUCGACUGUCGCACACGUCUGUGCAGGCACAUCACCACCGGUGUGCGGUAUGUGGUGCGCGUGUACGACAAGCGCGUGCUGGCGGAGGCGCAGUGGAUGUGGGACCGUGUGGCGGCGUCGAUCCGGGUGCAGCGUACCCUGCCCAAAAGCAAGUAUGUGCUGGAGAUGGUCGAGUGUUUCGAGUCGAACACAUCCGUGUACAUGCUGAUGCAUCUGUUUCCGUCCAUGAACAUCACCAAACUCUUCACCGACGCCGCCGCACGGGCAAAACUCCUGUCUUGCCUGCAGACCAUGUCGCGAGCCCCUGCUCAUUCUUCUGCCGCUGCGACCUCGGCCGGCGCACCGACAACGGAGCCGGAGACAACGGAGAAGGGAGCACCUCACCGGAAGUCGAGCCGCUUGCGGGCGCUGUCAGCCACCGAUCCGACGAGCACACCCGAAGGCAUAUCGUCGCGCCGGCUGAAGAAGAACAUUUGGGCCCCCAGCACUGCCGCCUCGACGAUGGACGGCGCUAGCACCUCGCCGAUGGCGGUGGCCUCUGUCAACCCCUUCCUUGGCGCGGCAGUGCCGUCGCACGUGCCGCUGUCGCUCACUCGCGACCUCUUCGAGCAAGCCGUGAAGGGUGUGUUGCACCUGCACCAGUACAACGUGGUCCAUACCGGCAUCGCUCCUGAUCACCUCCUGGUGGGGGCCAAUGGUCUGCUGCGUAUUAGCAACAUGGUCUCGUGCUGUUUCUGUGCGCAAGGUGAUCGACUGCAUGAGCUCCGCGGCACGCGACACACUGUCGCUCCGGAGGUGCUGCGGGGCGAGUCCUACGACCCCUACCUCGCCGAUGCCUGGGCUCUCGGUGUCGUCCUGUACUUCAUGCUGAACCAUGGCCGCUACCCACACGACGGCGCGAGCACCCUUCGACACAUUCUCCAGGCCCGAGUGCGGCCCUCACGACCUGGACUGCCGCCUGUCGCACUGGACCUCGUCUCCCGCCUACUGCAGGCCUCCCCAGAGGAGCGGCUGCCGGCCGAUGCUAUCCUAGCCCACCCCUUCUUCUCAACGCCUUUUCCAACCAUUGCCGAAGAAGCAGCAGCGGAGGCGGCGGAGCUGCAGGGGCAGCACGUGCCCCACAGACUCACCACCGGUGCGGCUGCCCAUGGCGAGCACAGCGCUGUAAGCUACAGAAACAACGGAAACGGACUUCGACUGCGGAGCAACGAGAAAGUGGUCGGCGCCGGCAGGCAGAAAGCAUCAUCGCCGCUCUGGGAGUCACUCGUGACCUUUGGGAGUGGCGCCAGCAUCACCGGCAGAGAUGAGGUGGACACUCCGGGGCUCGACCCUCAGCACGACGGCGACGCAUCCCCAGCUGAAGAAGGCUUGGGACGGAGCUGCAGAGACACAGCCUGCCCGCCGCGAGCUGGUCUUUCCACGCACCAGCUUUCUGCCGCGCCGCCGUCUCCGUCGGCGUCCAUGAAACGUGCGCACCUCGCCGCAGCGAGCCCGCGCAAAUCGGUGGCGGGGUCAGUGUCGGCACCGCGCCGCCCCGUCUGGUGCCCCCGGCUGGCGCCGACGCUGGACGCCCUGGAAGACCUCGCAGGGCGUGUGAUUCAGUACCACUACCGCCAAAUGAAGCACCGCCAGCAGUACCGAGCCGAGACCCGUGCGCUGGUGGCGCGCAGUCAGAAGAUGCGUCAAGCAAAGGCGGACGAAGAGGACAUCAGUGCCCAGCAACAGUCCUUGCUGGGUUUAACCCCCGCCGUCGUUGUUCUAUCCAGGCCGCUGAGCUCUGACCGUGUAUCGUCGGCCGCAGGCACGGUGACGCCGAAGCAGGACGAGGCCCUUCACCGGCAACGGCAGCGACAGCAGCAACGGAGCGACGUGUAUCUGAAGCAGAAGUCGGUGAUGGCGGUGAGUGUGUUGGACGCUGCUGCAGGCUCGCAGUCGCCAAGCUCUGCUCACCCUCGGACUGCGACGAAUGACAGUGUUCACACGGGUGGUCCUUUGGAAGGCGAGCCGCUGUCCCACUGGUACAAGUUCGGCACGGCUUCUCCAGCCUCGGUGAUUCAGUCCGUGCAUGCAAGCGGGGCAAAUAGCGUUGUCAUUGGCACCGGCGCAGGCUCAUCCAGCACCCUCGACCGCGACGAUGACGGCACCGAGAGCAGCCUAAUCAGCAGCCUCGACGGUGCGCUGCGCGCCAACGUAGCCGAGAGCACAAAUGCUGUCGCCUCCUUCGACACAACCCCGCAAGAGUCGCUGAAGCUUCCUGUACCCCUUCCACUCAAUCAGCGCAGGUCCGGCAGCAGCGUUCGGGCGUGCGGUAGCGCAGCCAACAGUGUUUUCAUAGCACCGCCCCCGCUUCGCCCCUCCUCCAACUCCGCGCUGCCUACGUUAACGUCGCUACACGGCCUAGGCGGCAGUGUCGGUCACUCCAUCGAUCGCGCACGCGUGGGGGAGGGGAUGACGGUGAAGAAUGAUGAGAGGUGCCCGUUGUGCCACCGCGAGCCCUACAUGAUGCGGGCUAUUGGCAUUCGCCCAUACGGGGGCACCCCUUACGUCUACGCGGAUGGCAAAUUUAUGAAGGUGUUGUCGGCGUGA